GGUUACUCAACAGUUGAACUAACACUGGUAUGCAAUGGCAACACGCUGGGGGAUAUGCAGUGCAGGCAAGAUUAGCCAUGACUUCUCGGUUGCUUUACGGACCCUAACUCCCGAGGACCACGAGAUAGUGGCUGUUGCCGCAAGGGACCUGCAGCAUGCUCAAGAAUUUGCCAACAAGCACAACAUCCCUCGAGCAUAUGGAAGUUAUGAGGAGCUGGCACAAGAUCCAGAUAUUGAUGUGGUGUACAUUGGCACCAUCCAUCCAUACCACCUGAGUACUGGUACACUCUUUAUGAAGUCCAAAAAGAAUGUACUCAUCGAGAAGCCCUUGGCCAUGAAUUCAAGGGAGGUGCAAAAACUCAUCACUGCAGCCCGAGACAACAGUGUCUUUCUCAUGGAGGCAAUCUGGACACGUUUCUUCCCUGUAUCCCUGGAAGUGAGGAGACUGCUAGGCCAGGGUGAGGUGGGUGACGUGCAGAUGGUAAGGGCUGACCUAGGGGCUCCUCUCACCCACAUCCCCCGCCUGGCUGAGAGGGAGCUUGGAGGAGGGGCACUGCUGGACCUGGGCAUCUACUGUCUGCAAUUUAUCUUCUUGGUCUUUAAUGGUGAAAGGCCUGAGUCCAUCCAAGCCACAGGACAUUCCAUAGAUACAGGUGUUGAUGGAACUGUAGUUUUGGUCCUGAAGUUCUCCGGAAACAGACUUGCCAUUUGCACUUGUUCCAUCACUAUGAUGCUGACCUGUGAUGCCGUUAUCACUGGGACCAAAGGUGUCAUUAAGGUACCCCACCAUAUGUGGUGCCCCACAACUUUGGAGGUGAAUGGUCAAGAGACAGAGUUCCCCCUGCCUGAGGCUGGCAUGCCACUAAACUUCACCAACAGCACAGGUCUACGAUACGAAGCUGAGGAGGUCCGUCAGUGUCUGCUGAAAGGUACAAGGACUGAAAGAGAGUCCAGGGAUGCCGUGGGCUCACUCCAGCCUGUUGGCAGAAGUUAUAGAUGAUGCCAGAAGACAGCUGGGUGUGACAUAUGACCAGGACAACAUCCAGUGAUAUAUUCUCACUGAUGAGCUCUGAUUUCAUUUUGUUGUUUGUGACAUGAUUUUUAAACAGCGUACACUGUACUAAUGUAGCUACUCAGGUAACAAUUUAAGAGUGAAACUAAACAGACCUUUGUGACUGAAGACAUUUAGACUUUUCAUUGUAAAAGGAAAAGCAUGGGUGUCUAUUCCCGGUAACACUGACGACAAGCACAAUACCAGAAACUUGAGAAAUGGAGUUCGGCUUUUAUUCAUUUGUUUUUCCUACCGUGACACAUGCAACUGUCAUCUGUGAAAAAAGCCUAUUGGGAUUAUUUCUAAAAGUAACCUUUUUCAGGUCAAGUUUGAAUUUUCAUCCAUUCAUUUUCAAUUUUUUCAAUUUUUACAAAUGUAAUUGAGUCUCUUGGCUGAUUUUUCACGAGGUGGAUUUAAGAUCCCCAUGACAUGAUUUAAUAUGUAUAUUAAAUACUAUAAUUUGAAUAAUAA